AUGUGGAUACCUUGGCCUAGGGAUAAAAGCGUCAAUAUAUCGACAUUACGGAUGGAGCUCCAGAACGCCAUGGUACAAAGCAACAGUGAUCCGAAAGCCCCUCCGUUCGUACCACGUUGGAAACUCAAAGAGCUUUGGGACGAUAGGCGCCUGAAGGCAUUCGCCGACAGAUACAAGGCAUUCAAACUGGAUCAUAUAGAGCGCAUCAAAACAAGCUACCUUCAGACACUUUCCAUAUUGGUGGAAAUCCAAUGGAAUGAGUGGAGACGAUUCCAAACCGUCUUUCUAAUGGAGGAAAAUAGAAGCGACGAGGAUAUUCCCGGGUAUAAUAUGAAUAUGUUGAUGGACCCAACAUUUCUUGGGGGGUCAGCACGCGACUUCCUCGUCCAGCGACCCUUCUACUAUCCGAUUGACAUAGAAGAAGGCAGGCAUCGUGAACUGGAUGAGGGAUGGAUAUUGCCUGUUAUCAAAAGUGAAGUGUGUGGGAACGGAGGGGCCGCCACUGUCACCAAGGAACACAUUCAUCCCGGGCAUCUCCGUUACAGUGAUGGACGUAGUGGACCCUGUUAUAUUGCGCGCAAACGUUUCACUAGGCACACUAGUAUAAAAGACUUUGCGACAGAGAAGAAUAUCCUUGAGACACUGCGAACACAGCUGAGGAGGAAAGAAAAUGACGGAAUCAUGCCUUUCUUUGCUACUAUUACUAUGGGGAAUCAGUUCAAUCUUUUUUUCGAGUGGGCUGAUUCGGAUCUCGAGCAUCUCCUUCGUGAACAAUCUAGCGGUAUCAAAUUUGGGGACCUGCUUGGAGAGUCAAAACGCCUGGCCGGUGCACUGGAAUAUUUGCAAUACGAAUUGGACCUAGGACUUCGGCUUGUCCACAUGGAUCUGAAACCAGCAAAUAUCCUAGUAUUUAAAGGUCCCAAUUUGUCCAGUGCUGGGCACUGGAAGAUCUCGGACUUUGGGGAAUCCAUCCUUAACAAGCCUCCGAUCAACGUAUCAGGAGAAACGUUUCGAUAUCCUAUCGGGCAUAAUUUGACAGGUACUUACCGGUCACCCCAGCUUGCCAACAAUCUCAGCUUUGGGCGCAAAAGUGAUGUUUGGUCAUUGGGAUGUAUUCUGGUCCGAGUCCUUGCCUUUGGGCUGGAUGGCGAGAAUAAAUUGAAAGAUCUGGACGAGAGGCGAGGAAAAAAUAUAGAUGGAGAAUCUGACCAUGGCCAUAACUAUUUCCAUCGCGGAAAAGAUCAUCUCAUUCGAAACCCUCACAUUGAGGCGUGGUUGAAUGAACUGCCAAACAGAGAUAGUCUGGUGCCCUCGCACGUAUUGACACUCUUCCGCGACUUGCUCCUCGGAACCCUGGAGAUUGAUGAGGAGGCUAGAUUGACUUCCGCCGAUGUUAAAGGGCAAAUUCGACGCAUUCAGGAAGAAUUGCACACUGUGCCUUUACCUGAUAGCCUGGCACCAAUGCCGCCGCCGACGCCUCCAUCACCACCUCGAGCACAGCUUGAGUCCUCAGAUAUUAUAAAAAGAAUUCUAAAGUGUGAAGAUGAUACUCAAGAGCUACAAAAUCAGCUCAGAGCGGAAUUUAAUAUCGAGGAGCCUGUUGAAAUGAACGGAUAUACGGACAGGCUAUUGAUUCAUGCAAUUCGGUCCCAGUUCACUAAUAUUGUGGAUGAACUACUGAAAACUCGACCAGAUAUUGAUAAAGAAGGCUUUGACUCGGGAUAUAUGACCCCUCUGAGCCGUGCUAUUGCUACAAAGAGCCAUGGUAUGGUUAUAAUUCGUCGCCUGCUACAGGCUAAGGUCAAUAUCAAUGCCGUUUCGGCGACGGGCCUCACGCCACUUAUGGUUGCAACACGGUUCGGCCAUCUAGAUGUCGUCCGUGAGCUACUGUACCAGGAUGCUGACUAUUUGGCAACCAGCAGCGAAGGCUGCAUGUGUCUGCAUCAUGUCGCGUGGGCACCCAAAGAAGGGGCGGCCCUCAUUAAAGAGUUUACCAGGAACGACCGAAUACCAGUCGAUAUCCCCAGCAGCCAAUCAAAUGAGACCCCAUUGAUCAUGUUGAUAAAGGAAUACCUCCCUCGCAGGAGCAGGAGGAGUCAAUUGGAGUGGCGGGCAAAGUUCGACGCCUUUAUUGAAGCAAAAGCCGAUCUCAGCAAGGAAGACAAGAACGGAAUGAGUCCUCUAUAUCACGCCGUCCACAGCAAUCUUCCUCAAGUUAUCAAUGCACUUCUGAGCCAAAAGGCAAGAAUGGGCUCCAAAUACCCCCAGAUCGAGGACCCAACUUGGGCCCCAGACGAGCCGACGAAACGGUUAAUAGAAAAGAACAUUGAGCUCCAACCGCCGCCCAGGAUUCGACUUUGA